GGUAUAAAAUACACUAGCUUUCUCCUUUGUACCUACCUAGAUUUUUAUGCGAAUGAUUUGUAAACAUGGUGGCCGAGCAAUGUAAAAACAAAGUGCUCCAUUGAAGUAAAAUCUUUACUACCAUUGAAGUAAUUCUUCGAUAUAAUAAAAGAGCUAAUAACUAUGUCUACGCAUAACUUCUGAGUGAAAUGAAGAAAUUCAUAGUUUUCUAUUUUGGAACAUCUUGACCAACCUUGAAAAAUGGGCACAGAGGUGCCAAAAACCCAAGACUCAAGUGGUGAUUCAGAUUCGAACAGUGAUUCUGAGAAUGGCAGCUCUAGUGAGUCAUCAGGCAGUGAUUGGAAGUGUACCGGGAAUAAACAGAGCAUAUCUCGGAAGCCUCACUUUUCUGUCACCUCCUGUGAUACUGGGCUGAAACUUAAGAUUGCUGCCAUUCAACCAAGGAAAGCAACACCCAAAAAAGCUGUUAAACCAGUUGUCAAGAAACCCAGUGAGCAAAAGAAGACAAAGGAGGUUAUAAAGGAAUUAUCAGACAGUAGUUCAAGUUCCGAGUGUAGCAAGUGCUCUUCGAAUUCAUCUAGUGAGGACGAUCUGCCUCUUAAGACUGUUAAGAAGAAUUUGCCAGCAAAAUCUCAGCAGAAAACAACUGCUAAGAGGAAUACAAUCAAGAGUGAUAGUGAUGAUCAUUGUGAUGCUAAAGACAGUUCUAAGAUUAAGGAGAAGCCGUGCACUUCUAAGAGUAAUGUUAGUGUGAAAAAGACUAAAAGUGUGGAUGGCUGUUAUGAUUCCAAUACAAAGAGAGCACCGGCCCGACAAAAAUCAAAGUUCGCGUCUUCGGCUGCGGAGGGCGGUGCGUGCGGCAGCAGUACAUCUUCUUCCACGUCAUCGUCAUCGUCUUCUUCGUCAUCGUCAUCCUCGUCAGACUCGGACACAGCGGACGCUGCGGGUGUUCACGCCUCGCCAGAUGACUCCAGUGCAGCCCUGGCAGCGGCGUGUCAGUUGCAGGUCAUCGACGAUGCAGACCUCGCUGAACUAUUUCCAGAACAAACUUCGAGCGCGCCGACGCAACAGCCCAAUUUCACGACCUUUUCAGUUCACAAUGCAUCGCCGGAAAACGACGACAAAUCCAUAGCCGACAAUGGCGAUGGUUCAAGUAGUGAGAUGGAACUAACACCACAGCUAGUAACAGCGGCUAUACAGAGAGCGACGGCGGACUCAUCAGGCUCGGAGAAUGAGUGCUCCAAUUCCGAUACAGUGCAUCAAAAUACGUCGCAUUACGCUUCUAGUUUAUUGCAACAGUUUGUAGCACAAACUCAACUACUGAGCAGCACAGCGCCGCUUCCAUCUAUGAACUCUGCUGGAUCUUCGUCGUUGAGCUGUGCACUGUCAACGAACUCAAUAGAUGGGGUCGGAGCCAUCAGCGAUUGUGUCCUAGGACAAAUCAAUAGUCUACCAGAAAUACCCGCGAUCUCGUCCAACUAUUUAAAUAACCAACAUUUGAGUCCGCAACAGACAGAAGAAUUAUCUCAAAUAAAUAAAGAUCUAGAGGAAAUUUCAUCAGUCACGGAGGCUGUCGGUCUAUCGAUAACAAAUCCGCCUAGUUUGGAAGACUGUGUCGAUAACAACGACUUUAUGAACUUGGACAUAGCUUCAGGUGGAUCAGAAAUAGGCAGUGCGAGUGAUCUUCUAAAGAGUUCGCCUAUCACUGUAACUAAUGAAUCCGGAUCAGUUAGUCAAAUAGACGCUCAAAAGCUAGAUACAAUCAGUACAAUUUCUGUAGAAUCUCUGGAUGAUGUUAAGAACAUUAUUGUCGAAUCUAGAAGGAAGAGAGGUCGACCUCGCAAAGUUAGGAAAAUAGACGAAUACGAUAAUAAAUGUGUUGAAUCUCAUAAGAAUACUAAAUCUAGAGUUAAUGUUAUAAAUGACUUCGAUAACAACAAUGAUCCUCCGAACGUUUCGCCCGAUUCUGGAAUUUUAUCAAAUCACAAUUCUCCAACACAUUCACCAUUGAGAAGGCAUAACGAAGAAACCCAAGGUAGGCACAACAGGAAAUCAGUCCAGAAAGAAAACACUAAGGUGGAGAGAAAAAGUGUACGCUCAAAGUCUAAAACCAGAAGUAGGGGACACAGAUCAGAUUCGAGCGAUUGUGAUUUCCAUAAGAAAAGAUUAGAAAAUGACAUCAAACAAAUCAAAACCGAGGCACCUUCACCUAUACCGCUCAAACAAGAGCAAAAUAAAUUAGAUAAAACGAAAAAGAAUGACCAAAAAUUAGACAUAGCGGCAUUAGACAGAAUGCUGUAUGCCACAGAUAGAGUUUUAUAUCCACCCAGAAAGAAGGUCGGUCGUAAACCGCAGAACAAAACAAAAAAUGCUAAAGCUACGCCAAAAACUUUACGAGAUAAAAAUCAAUACGACUCCGCGGACAGCGAUAACGAUUCACUAUCGUGCAACAAAUCCGUUCUGUCCGGUGUUUACGCUAAGAGGAAAGAGGUGAACAGCAAACUAGCUAAUGUGUCCAAGAGCAAUAAAACUAGCAAAACCAACAAUUCAUGGAGAGAUCAUCAGAGUGAGAACGAAGCCGCCGCUGACGAUCCUCUGGACCCGACGUGGAAACAAAUAGAUCUAAACCCGAAAUAUAAAGACAUUUUAUCGGGCUACAAAAGCGAUUAUGAAUUCAAACCCUAUAAAAGUUGCAGUAGGUUAAUAGAGUCGGGUUAUAAAAGCGACUAUGGCUGUAGAUCAGGUUAUAAAACUGAUUGCUAUCGCUCCGGCUACAAGAGCGAUCAUAAGUCAGGUUACAAGAGCGAUAAAUCUGGAUAUAAAACAGAUUACAGCAUAAGAAGUAUGCGGCGGCGAACGAGGAAGUUGAAGAAAACGAGGUCCGUCAGAAAUAGGUCUUAUUACAAAAAUCAAAAGCAUUUCGUAUCGGACCAAGAAAUAGUGCUACUGUCUAAUAAAACAUUCAGUAGCUUAAACUUGGGACACAGUUCCAGUGAUUCGGAAUGCGAACCUUAUUUAAGGAAACCAAAUGCUAGUCCAAAAUACGUAAGCGUCUGUACUAAAUAUCCGCUACCAUCGAAAUAUAACUACGCCUUCUCUAAAUCAAACCAAAAACAUAUAUUGAGACCGAACUCCGCUGACCCGUUUGCCCCCGGUCCGGUAUUCAGCGGAUUGCAAAGGCCGGUUACCACUUAUAAUAUCUUCAAAGUGAGUCAUAAUAAUAACAACACACUACUUAAGUCGCCCGUUAAAAGUGGUAAUUGUGCUAAUAUCUUGCCCUCAUUAAAACCAUCUUUCACUCAUAAAUUCGGCGUCUCUCCAAUUUGUUCCACUCUUAAAUCUAAAAAGGAAGAAAUCUCCAAACAUUUUACUAGAACGCUAUCACCUAAAGGCAGAAAAAUUUCUAAAAAGGAUUCACCGAUACGAAAGAAGGAGACCCUGAAACCGUUACCCAGUAUAUUUGAAAAGGCUAAAAAUAUCUAUGUACCGAAUAAGUCAUUAUCAAGAAAUGUUUUUUUGAAUUUUAAAAGGCCUCAUAUAAAACCGACGUUCCAUACAAAAAAACCAAGAAGAACCGUUGUACUCGCACCUCCAAAAAUUAAUUUGAAGCCUACAGAAAGGCCAUCUCGAAUAACAAUUAAGACUGAAAGUAAACAUCACAGGCACAGAAGUAAACGUAGACAUCGGUCGAGAUCAGUGUCGAGGUGUAGAGAGAGUAGAAACUCGGUGGACUCAGUAGAUCAAAAAUUUACCCAAAACAUGGAUGUGCUGAUCGAGAAUUUUAUGAAACUUUGCCAAAUUGCUCCAAAAUUCGUCGCUAGUGCUCCUCAAAUACAGCAAAGAAAUGUUGAAAAAGAUAAGCCCCAGCCGGAGACUGCGCCGACUAAAGUAAUAAAAAGGGCGUCGAAAAAACGAAAGACCUCGGAUAAUCAGGAAAUAGCAACGCCUACUUCAAAGCGUAGACACAAGAAACAGUUAACGGAAUCACAAAAUAAAGGAGGGAAAGAGACGAAUGAACACAAACUGCCUCUCAAGAAGAGACAUUACCACAUCAAUUCUUCUACGAGCAACUCUUUGAGCCUCAGUUUGGUCACAGCGGAGUUUGAUGAAAACUCGAAGACUGGAAGUGGUUCCGAACAGUUCUUAUGUACUGAAACUGACUGUAUGGGCGAUGUAAAUGAUAAGUUGUCCGACGAAACUUCUAAACAGAAAUCAACAUCUGAAAAGAGUAAAAGGGAUGCUAAGAAUAUCCCCACGGAUUCCAAAUCUCAAAGUCUUGAAUCUCUUCCGAAACCGACUAAAUCUUCCACGGACACGUGCCCUUCUAAAGAAGUCAACAAUAGUUUGACUCCUGUUAAAGACCAAUCGUCCGGAACGGUUAGCGGGGCCGAUGAUGAUUUACCUAUAUCAAAGCCCACUGAUGAACAAUCUGAAUUAUCGAAGAAAAUUUAUGAAACUUCGGAAAAACUGAAAGCUGUUCAUAAAAUGGUUCAUGAUUUAGAGAAGUCUUUACCGAAAUCCAAAGAAUCCGACGGUAAAGCGGAGCUUUUAAAGCCUGAAAACAACAAAACAUUAUCGCCGAGAUCAGACACUAAAGCAUCCCCACUAAGAAAUUCUGCUCCCAUAGUCACACCGAAAAAGCGUCAUAGAUUAGAAGCCGAAAAGGUUUUAUCACACAACAGUUUGGACCAAGUAGUUCAGUCCCUGUCUAAAAAAUUAUCGGAGGAUAAAAUAACGUCACCAGUCUCUAAGGAUAUUAAUCAAAACUCUUCCAACGAUACUACAAAGAAGGGUGAUGUUUUGAAUUCUAAUACGGAAGCAGUUCAAAACGCAAACAACAAUACAUCAGUCGAUCCACUUAAGAGCAUGUCAGCUCGUACUUUAUACAAAAGUGCAAUUCCUCCAGCCCAAAAAUCAGAGAUAAUGACCCGUAAGAAAAACAGACUCGAAGGUCUUACUAGUAAUCUAGUUUCCAAGAUCAAUCCGAGCGCAGCAACGAAAGUGCUGGACACUCUUUUGAAUAAUAACAUACGGAAAUCUAUUGAAUCGAGAAUUCUUGAAAAAGAAAAGAACAGUUCGGAUACUUUACAUAAAUUAUACGAUGAUAAAUAUAAGGGAAAGGAUAUUACCCACAAUACAAGAGCCAGUGUCAUAAAAUCUCCAGUGUCUAAAGGGAAGGUGAUUGAAUCUAAGAAACCUAAAAUCAUAGAACCAAUUGUAGAGAUAAUUCCCGUGGUGAGCGUCGACAAGCCCACAGGAAUCUUUGAACCUUCCAUCGAUUUAGAAGAUCAAAUACCGAAAUCUUCAAUUUGUGUUUCUAAUCUGCUUGCUGAAAGCAACAGAAACAGGAAUAAAUCUAGAGGGAAUGAUCAGAAAAAUUCAAACGGUUUAUUGGCUAUAGACAAUGAGUCUGAAAUCCCUUUGGCUUUAAUUUCCGAAACGUCUGAUGUCAUAAUUAGACCCAAAAGAGGUGAAUCCAUUGCAUCAGUUUUAUCCGAUAAAAUACAGGAAACAAGCAGUGGUCAUAACUUGAGGCAAACUAAACGAAAUUUACCUUCAGACAACGAUGAUACUAAUGAUAAGAAAAAGAAAAAGUCUUCUAACAGUAUAAUACGAGAAAGUAAAUUGGUUUUGCCAACUAAAGUACUAUUGUCCAAAAUGCAAACUGAUAAGUUAAUAGCGAAUGCUGAAUUGAAUAAGAAAUCAGGUUUACCAGCUAAGGCCGUAGAAACAAACGUCACUUCAAAUAUUAAAGCUGCAGAAGUAUCCAAGAAGAGAACAAGACGACGUAAAGCCAUAAAUCGUACCGGUUUUCCAAGUAUUAAAAGAAAGAAGAAGAAGAUAGAACCGAGUCUCUCAGCCAACAUCAUGUCCGACGGUCAUUUCACAUCUGAAGAUACCGAUCAUUCUGUCUUUGAAAGAGUCCCAAAAGACGGUGAAGCGACGAGCACUUUCUUAGAACGCACAAAUAGUAAAAAGCAAGAAUUAAAAGUUGUCUUAAACAAGGAAGAUAUUCCCAAACAAGGUCGUCUCACAGUAGUUGCUCUUGAGAAACUACAAGGAAAGGAAAUCUCAACGGACAACCAGAGUAGAAGUCACAGCAUCGCGAAGAACAUUACUGCCAAGAAGACAGGAUCUUCUAUUCUGAGAGCACCAGCAUUACAUCUAAAACAAAACAAACCUGACAGAGAAAUUAAAAAUCACAUAAACAAAUGGGAGGUGCUCAGUGAAACUGAUAGCAUUCCCUCUCUAACCAGCUCUUUAAGCAACGAUCCCGAGGAUAGUAUCCCAUUGAGCUUAUUAAAUCUCAAGGCUGGGAAGCAAACGAGUCGAUUGGAUAACUUGGAGAGGUUGAAGCGGAAAACACGAGCUAUGUCACCCUCACACGAAAUAGAAGAGAUAUUCUCAAAGAGGAAAAUUGUAGAGAAGAUCCCGAAAGUAGGGCUACGACCAAAAUCAAGCUUGGCCAUACUGUAUCCGAGUGAACGAAGGCAUACGAGAAGCUUCGAUAAUCUGGAAGACGGAAAGAUGAAGACCAAAAGAAUUGAGACUAAGAAAACGACCGCGGAAAUUGUUGACAAAACUUCAAAGCCGAUGAGCAUAGCGACCAGGAGAAAGUCAAGGUCGUGUCAAGUCAACAAGAAAGUCACCGAAAUACAUUCCAGCUCACGAGAGAGUUCGUUAGACACCGUGGUCAGUCGGAGGAUUCAUUCCAAGUCACGGGAACCGUCCUUGGACACACUUCACGACAACGACGAAAACGAACCCCUGCCGCUUCACGAAAAAGAAAUAGAUUUCGAGAAAAGCAUCGACGUACUGUCGAAGACUAUCAUCUGUAAGAAGCGAGUCGCUUCAUCCCGCGACGAAAGUCCAGUCAACGGAGUAGACGUCAGAGACAAACCAGUCGUCUCCAAGAAGAACCCUCGCCUGAGAAAGAAGUUUUUAGUGGCCGGACUGUUCUCCGACUAUUACAAAGACGAUCCAAAACCGGAUGGGAAAGGUAAAAAUCUGGUCACCCAGACGGAGUUUCCGCCGGGUUUGCUCGCGCCGCCGCCCUACUGCGAGCGGUGGGUACGCAAGAGACUUCAGCAUUUCACAUUGCCUUACGACAUAUGGUGGGAACAACACUACAACCAGCCCGUGCCCUCCUGGAACUAUAAGAAGAUACGGACAAACGUGUACUACGACGUGAAGCCAUCAGCGGAGGAGUGUGAGAGCGUGGCGUGUAACUGCGCGCCCUCCUCCGCCUGCAACGAAGACUGCAUCAACAGACUCGUGUACUCCGAGUGCUCGCCGCAACUCUGUCCGUGCGGGGAUAAAUGCGAGAAUCAACGUAUUCAGCGGCACGAGUGGGUCCCGGGGCUAGAGAAGUUCAUGACGGAGAACAAGGGCUGGGGCGUCCGCACCAAGCAGAUGAUCCGUUCCGGGGACUUCAUACUCGAGUACGUGGGGGAGGUCGUCUCCGACAAGGAGUUUAAGGAGCGGAUGGCGACCCGUUACGCUCGCGACACGCACCACUACUGCCUCCACCUGGACGGGGGGCUGGUCAUAGACGGACACCGGGUGGGCGGAGACGGCCGGUUCGUCAACCACUCCUGCAGACCCAACUGCGAGAUGCAGAAGUGGACCGCCAACGGUACAUUCAGGAUGGCGUUGUUCGCGUUGAGAGACAUCGAGCCGGAUGAAGAGCUCACUUACGACUACAACUUCUCACUGUUCAAUCCAGCCGUCGGUCAGCCAUGCAAAUGCGAUUCUGAAGACUGCAGGGGCGUGAUAGGUGGAAAGUCCCAGCGCAUCACAAAGCAGCCGGUCAAGUCACAGAACAGGACGGCGUCGAACGCCUCCAACCAGUCCGGCGGCUCGGGCAACCAGCCCCGGGUCGGCCGGCCGAGGAAGGCGGCCAAGUGUAACAAGAAGCCGGAACAACAGAACGUGUGCGCCGGGGACGUCAAGAACAUGACCAUACUCAAAUACCAACAACACCUGAACAAGCUGUGGCAGGAGCCCGCACCCAGACCACUCACCGCCAAGGAGAGGACGCUCGUCAAGGAGCGGCACUGCUUCCUGUUCAGGAACCUGGAAAAUGUGCGUCGCAUCCGCGAGCGUCUGACCCUCCCCCUACCUCCAUCCCCUCCGCCAGCUGGCCCUGCACCUGCUGCCCCGCCUCCUCCACCGCCUCCCCCCACUCCUCCCGCAGCCCCCGCCGUUGUAAACGUGAAUCCCCUGGAGCUCCCCGACACUAUGAACCCAGCCGUGUUCCUUAAAAGACUCCAAACACUCAGAGCCAGUAAAGAGGAAACUAUGAAGGAACUGACUCGCUUGGAAGACGACCCUUCCUUGGAUGUCAAGACACGCUUGACCAGGGUCUUCAGAGCUUUAUAUAACACUGUGGUCAAUGUUAAAGACGAGGAAGGUAAACAUGUCAGCGCUUUGCUGAUGAAGUUGAAGGCGGGUCAAGUGAAGUCGGAUGCACAGACUGUAGUAGACCUCAGCACCAUACAGGCUCAUAUAGAGGGGGGGAACUACGAAACCAUCGCUCAGUUCGACGGCGACAUGAACACCCUGUUCACCAGCAUCGUACGAGAACAAGGCAAGACGACGGCUCUCGGCGCCGCGGCCACCCAACUUAAAAAGGUUUACAACUCGACGAAAUCGGAUUUCGCCGAACAUUUGAUUAAGAUAAUCGGUCCACAGGAAUCUCUGCCUAAUGGAUUCAUACAGAAAACUAAACCUGAGGAGGUGAUCCUGUGUAUCUGCGGGCUUCACGUGGAGGAGGGUCUCAUGGUGCAGUGCGGCCUGUGCGGCGUCUGGCAACACGCGCGCUGCAUGCGCCUGGCCGACACGCGCCUCACGCAUCACUGUCACUACUGCAACCCCGCACCGGUCGAUCGCGAAAUACCUCUGGAUGAAUACACUGAGGAGGGUCACCAGUUCUAUCUGUCGCUGAUGCGAGGCGACUUACAAGUACGGCAAGGGGACACGGUGUACGUGCUCAGAGAUAUACCCAUAGACGAGAGAAGACCUGACGUCACUCACAGGACCGGCGACACCAGCGACUCGCCCAAGACGAAGCGCCUCGACAGGAAGAAGGUUAAGAACAUCGGCAAGGGGAAGGACGGGAAGGAGAAGGCGGACGAGGCUAGUGAGGUUGAAGUACGCAAACAUACAUAUCAAACUAUCGGGGAAGUCCCUGUGUCUGAGUUGGAUAUAUUCAGAGUGGAACGGCUGUGGAAGCACAAGGACACACAGGAGAGAUACGUGUACGGUCAUCACUACCUCCGACCUCAUGAGACUUUCCACGAACCUACCAGGAAAUUCUUCCACAACGAAGUAAUGCGUGUCCCGCUUUACGAAGCCGUGCCUAUCGAGCUCGUGAUGUCUCAGUGUUGGGUGAUGGACCUCAACACGUACUGCAAGGGUCGGCCAGUGGGUGCUCGCGAACAGCACGUGUAUAUCUGUGAGCUACGCGUGGAUCGCUCAGCUCGUCUGUUCACACGAGUCUCUCGGCCGAAGUACCCGCUAUGUACUAGGACUUACGCCUUCGAUCACUUCCCUACAAGACUGAAACUCACAAGGACAUAUGCGCCUCACGAGGUGUUGCCCGAAUAUCUGAAAGGUCGUGCUGCUAAGAAUGCCGUUACAAACGAUAAAGUUAAAAGUAAUCAGAAACAAAAAAGAAAUCAUCUUCGGCCGUCGCCGCGUCUACGACGUCGGCUAAGGCGCUGUCGAAGUCGGAGCGUCGAGAGCAGCAGAAGGAUCGUGUGAACAACAUCGCCCGCGAGCUUCUAUCGCGCGGCGGGCAGAGGGGGGCGGUGGACGCCUCGUACCUGCUAGCGCCGCGACCCGCCAGGCAACAUAGACGCCGGCCGAGGACCUCCUGACCUACGUGCACAACCUGCCCCACCGACAAAUGAUCGUGGGGCAGAACACUACACAAGCCUACUAGGAUUGUAUCUGACAUACAACAUAGAUCGUGAAGACUCAGUUGAUAGCUGAUGCGGUGCAAGUGAAUUUCAUCUCUCUAUAAUAUGAACUGAAAGUGAAUGUUAGUAGUGUUAAAGUGAAUUAAUGUGAAGUGAAGAUUUGUAAUACGGUAAGACUGUUUAUUUAUAGCUGGGUACUGAGGAGGCGUAGUGGCUGGAUGUGUACAGCAUAUAAUGCAUGCACGCGGUCACUGUAGCUUGUAAUAUAACAUGAUUGUAAUCGUAACAUCCAUAAUUAUUUAUACAAUGUAUAUCAUCAUUUGUUUAUCCUUAAAAGAAAAUUAUAAUGCCAGGGUAUGAAUAGGUUUAUUCAGGGAAAGUAGGUAAGGAAGAUUGGCCAGAUAUGGCUGGUCGCUGGUGUGGUAGGAAGCGCUGUAGGAUACCGAGUUGAACAUUCCACCAUUCUUAAGGUGUGAGACAAUAAUGGCAACUGGCAAAUGUAUUAUAAACACUGGUUGAAUCGAAUCUCUUAAAUUUUCUUUAUCUUUUAAUGUAACAAAUUUUCUUUCUCUAUCUAAACAUUUAUUAGGUAGAAAUGUACAUUGUAUUGUGUUAGUAUUAAGUGGUAUUUUUAUUUAUUAAUUUUUAUAUAUAUAUAUAUAUAAUUACAUGUUUUGUGUAUCAUUUGAUAAUAGUUGAUUUGUAAUAGAAUUACAGAUGUAAUCUCAAUCAUGUGUAAAUUAUUGAUAAGUAUAUUUGUGUGCUCUUUCUUAACACAUUAAAAUUAAUUUUUUAUUUAUAAAUAUAUUUUUUAUAUAGGAUAAUAUUGUUAUUUUAAUAGCAUUUAUAUUAAAUACAUUUACUGAUAAACGAGCAUGGUGCGAACUCAUGUUGACCAUUGAAAGUUUUUAUGAAGGUUAGGGUACAGUGGAGUCGUUUGGAGGUUGUUAUAAUGUUAGUAUUAAUUAUUUUAGUAUGUCAUAUAGUUUUUUAAUGUUUCCCAUCUGGUCAUAUAUAUUAUUUACUGCUCAUAUCCCAAGUACUUUGGCCUUGUAACGCUAAAAAAUCUCUCUAUUAUUUUAAGUUGUAUAUAACCCAGUGUGAGGUGGUCGGUUUUAAUUCAAGAUGAUAAUAUAUUGUUUGCCCCUGUUAGGUCGUUAAUUAUCUGUGACGUGUAUGUUUAUUGACGGGGCCUGUUUUGUGAUUUGAUGAACAAAUUGUUUUUGUUUCUAAUUUAUUUGUAAUAUAAAAUUAGUUUUAUAUAUUUAAGUGUUUAAUGGACUCAUACAUGUGCUUUAUGUUUUACAAGAAAUCAUAGCAAUGCUUUAUAUUUAUAUUUGACAAGAAUUUCGGUCAUGUAUCCUGAUUGUAAUGAUAUCACAAGCUUUUUUUAUAUAUUUUUUUUUUAUUAUAUAAACAUUGCACAGAAAAAUUGAUCCCAAAAUCUAGUACAAAAUCCACCGAACUAUAAAUCUUUGUACUAAUUAUGUAAAAAUCUAGUACAUUGUUGUGUUAACGACAGCAUAAAUACAUUAUUAGUAAACACAGAUCAAUGCCGAGUUUUAGUGAAUUUAAAGUUUAAACUGUUGUUUAUUAUAAAGUAUUAUAGGUAUUGUAUAGAUAUGUUAUGCUUGCACCACGCACCGGACAGUAGAUAGUUUUAAUGAUGAAUAAAAAUAAUCACUUUAUAAAUAAAAUUCAUGUACUUAAAUAUAAAUGAAAUAGUUUUUCAAUAGUCAAUAAUGUAAUAGUUUUUAGGUAUUCCGUUUCUAUGAUCAUAAGGACAUUUUAAUGUAAUAUUUACAUUUGUUUGACUAUUUUUGGGAUCAAAAUUACAUAAUCUAUUGGGACAGUCAAAAUUUGAUAUCGGUCCGGUCAGCUUAUUGUUUAUAGUCAUAAAAGUUAUUUUAAUAGUUAGGAUCCAGACGGACACAUAUAUUUAUAAAAAUAACCAGCUUCUGCUUAUUUCAAACUGUCCGUUGUUCACCGACCGAUGUAUGAAAUGUUUUGAUCACAGCUUUACUAUUUAUGUGUAGGACUUUUGUUUUAAGAUGCCAUUUGUUGUAACUCAUGUUUUAAUAAUAAAUUAAAAAAGAAA